UCAUUCGCGAAUUGUGACAGUAUGAGAACUAAAUAUAAUCAGAAGGCAAAAUAUAUAUUCUCUAGUAUUCUUAUAAUCCGUUCAGUUGUGUUUUAUUCAUUUCAAAAUUGAUUCAAAAACAGAAACUAUUUUGUGAAAGUGGAAAAAUAUGCAGUAUCGAAUAUAUGACGACUCUGGCAAAUGACCAGAUUUUGUAUUGUUCAUCUGAUACCUACAACAACGAAGAAAGCAAUUGAUAGAAAAAAAUAGUCAGUUUUGGUUUCUAAUAUUAUUUCUUAGCGUUUUGGUGUCUUUGACUCAUAAUAAAAUUGAGCAUAGUAGCCUUGAGGAAGAAAAAAUAAAAAAAAUUCUUUGUCUGAAAAUAGAGGAAACUAUCAUAAGAUCCCCACACUUUGCAGAGAAAGUCAGGAGGAAGCUUUGAAUAUGGAACCAACGCCAAAUGCUGCUACCUCGACAAAUUCAAAUAUGGAGCUAGCUAGGGAAGCCAGUCAGGACUUCAAUAUAACUACAGAAUGGAAGAUGAAAUUUGAGAGAGGUGAAUUGACACCUGGAGAUUUUGAGGAUCACUGGAAAAUUUGGGUUCCUCAUAUUUAUUCACCUGGAUUGGACGAAGAUUGCCUCAGUUGGAACUUUAACGAAGAGCUAGCAAACAAGUUAUUAUUCAAUCCUCUGAUGCAUUUUGUGUGCAACGGUGACCCUGAUGCAAUUUUAGCCGAUCUUGCCUCUAAGGAAAAUGUUUUGAAUGUUUGCACUAAAGUCUUCAAAAUGGGAGAACCUACGUACAGUUGCAGAGAAUGUGGGACUGAUAACACUUGUGUUUUGUGUGCUGAUUGUUUCAAGUAUUCAGUACACAAAAACCAUAAAUACAAAAUGGGAACAUCAUCAGGAGGUGGUUGUUGCGAUUGUGGUGAUGAAGAAGCUUGGAAAAUGAGUCCGUUUUGUGAUUUUCACAAAAGAAAUCAAGAUGAAGUGAAACAAAAUGUUAUCCCAGAGUCGUUAAAAGAGAGGGCCCGAAUUGCCUUUGAAGCAGUUCUUGGAUAUUCACAUAGACUUUUAACAACAGAACAAGUUUCUGAUAUCCGUUUCAAUUCUUCAGCGGACGAUGUACUAUUCGAUAUCGAUAUGUACUGUACCAUACUGUACAACGAUGAGGUGCACACUUUUGAACAAGUUAUCAGCACGUUGUCGAGAGUCCUAAAGUGCAAUCAAAGAAGUGCUAUAGCUUUCGUUACAAGUAUAGAUAGAGAAGGAAGAGCAGUUGUGAAAUGUUCAGAUUUUCAAAGUUGUAACGAAUUGAGGACUGAAAUUGAGAAGUACACAUCAAGACAUGGUAACAAACCUUUGAAAGUCAUUGUGAGUCAUGCGCAUAUAAUAGCCCAUCAAAUUUAUGCCAUGAAGUUAUUAGCUUGGUUACAAGGGCUUUUGAGUCAUAGUUCGGCCUUAAGAAAUAUUUUCGCUGAGACAGCCCUGAAAGAAACAGAAUCAGAACCAAGCAUAAUCAAAAGUAUGUUAUUGAGAGAUUCUUCCCUUUGGAAGAGUGCAAGAACUCACUGGCAUCGAUUGUUCAUUUCUGGAAUGUUACCUGAAUACGAAAAUAAGAAGGCCUUAGCCAAAAUUUUCACCAAAAAUUACGGUCAUGUUCUUAAAGAUUUCAUCAGAGAUGAUCAUGACCAUUCUUAUUCUAUCGCUUCUUUAUCGGUCCAACUAUUUACAACUCCUUCGAUCGCACUCAAUCUAAUCGAGGAGGAGGACAUCUUUUUCAUGCUACUGAACACCUUUGUAUCGGAAUGUGUGCCAAAAUGUAACAAGAAUGGAAAACUUGAAUUUGAGAGGAACCCUGUUUCAGUAGGUUUCAAAAGAGCACAGCACAUGCUGUUUGAUUUGAAAUACCUACUGAGUCAGGUUCCUGAAACAUGGAAUGAUAACUUGAGGAGAAAUUUUCUACAUGGUUUGAAUUGUUUGUACAAUUUGCUUUCAAUGAUGCAAGGUAUGGACGCUGUGACCCGACAAGUUGGUCAACAUAUGGAAUAUGAACCUGAGUGGGAAUCUGCUUUUAACCUUCAUAUAAAACUAGCUUAUUGUAUAACGCUAAUUUUGAAUUGGUGUGGAUCAGAUAAAGUGGUUCUUGUGAAAGCUUAUAGAGCAAUUCUCAGAUGUCUGUAUGAAAAUCCUUGCUUUGAACCGUUUGGGCCUUUGGAAGUUAGAGAAUUGGCCGACCACAGUACUUCUUGUUUACAUUAUGAUAUCUCAACGCAAAAAGUGUCUAUUCAUCAACCUUUAACAAGAUUCUUCGCGGGCCUUCACUUGCAUCUUGAAAAAUACGAUCUAGCUUUCGAUAGUUCACAGUUUCACGGAUUGAACAAGCCAACACCUGUUGAAUUGAUUGAGCCUGUGCUAAGAACACAGGCUCUGGUAGCUCAGGUACAUGCCGGGAUGUGGCGGCGAAACGGCUAUGGAUUACUAAACCAACUAUUCUUCUAUCAAAACGUCAAGUUUCGUACUGAAAUGUAUGACAGAGACAUAAAUGCUCUUCAAGUAGGAGCUUCCCUGAUAGAAAGUAACGAAUUUUUAAUCCAUUGUUUGAAUAAAUUCAAUCUGAUCAAUUGGGCCAACAACGAUUUUGAUAAGGAUAAUCUACCCCCUCCAGGAGAAGAUGGUAUGAUGGAAACCAUAAACUUGGUCGAAGAAUUUCUUCAUCUUCUCAUUGUCCUUGUCGGUGAAAGACAUUGUCCAGAACUCAGUUUUGUAACCGAAACGGAUAGAAUUAAAAAGGACAUAAUCCAUCAUCUUUGUAUAAAACCUUUGGCUCAUUCUGAACUAACGAAAAAUUUACCGGAUGAAGUAAAUGACUCGACGAUUGUUGAUGACAUUAUAAAUGAAUUGGCUGAAUUUAAACGUGGACAUGGCUCAGCUAAAGGCGUUUACGAAUUGAAACCUGAAUAUUAUAAUCAAUAUAACGUUUUUUACUACCACUAUAGUAAAGAAGAACUUUCUAAAUCAGAAGUUAAUCAAAGGAAAAGAAGAGCAGAUGCUGGACAAUUGGAAUGUUGUCCACCGCCGCAGUUGCCGAAACUGAGAGAUUCCUUUACGAUGAUUGUUAACCUCUUACAAUGCGAUGUUAUGCUCCACAUUUUCCAUACCGUUCUAUCACGCUGUUCAGAUUUAAGGGCAAGAAGUUUUUCUGAAUCGCAACUACACAAAGUUCUACAUCUCAUAGGUUAUGCCUUACAAGAAGAGCAAACCAACCACUACCCUUUCUUCAAAUUCGUUGAAAAUUCCAAUAAAUUUGGCAUUUUUCAAAGUCUUGAAGAGUUGACGACCUGUCCUAGAGUCGACGCGCAUAAGGACUUGCUGAAGUGGACCAUUCAUAAAUUCAAAGAAGUUGCCAACCAACCGGAUAAAAAUGCAGUGGUACCAUUUGACGAGCCUGUAAUCAUUGAUGAUACAGAAAAAGAAAGAAGAGCGAAAUUGGCAGCGGAACGUAGAGCUAAAAUACUGGCACAAAUGGCCGCUUUGCAAAAAACUUUCAUGGCGCAGAACUCCCAACUUUUUGACGAAACGAAUCCUGAAACUUCAUUCUCUAAAUCUCCUCACCAUGGGUCCGCUAUGGAUAUUACGGAAUCUACUGUGCAACAAGUGGCGUUGGGAAGUAAUCAGUCGAUUGGAAUUGGUGUUGAAAAAAGUUACACAUGCAUCCUUUGUCAAGAAGAAGAAAUAGUUAGACCUGACGGACCGGUGAUGGUGUUGGCUGCCUUUGUACAAGAAUCUAAGGUUCUUUGUCAAGAUAGAAGUUUAGAAAUGGACGACUUAAAAUUAGAGUUUCUUCAUGCAAAUUUAGGCCCGGCCCCUCAUACAAACACAUGUGGUCAUGCCAUGCACAGUAAAUGUUGGGAGCAAUAUUAUGAACAUGUUACGGGCAGGGAACAUAGGAGACCCUACAGAUUACGUCACCCUGCUAGUUUCGAUGUUGACAAACAAGAAUAUCUAUGCCCGCUUUGUGAAUGUUUAAGCAAUACAGCCUUACCUAUCGUUCCCUCGUUGUGUAGUUUGCAACCUGUAAAUGUCAAAUCCGAAUUAACCUUCGAAAAUUUUGUAAGCUUAUUACACGGUAUUGUGAAGAAAAAGGUGGCAUACUGUCAUGGAGUGUUUAACUGUGAUAAAAACUGUGAAAAUGAGCAUUGCGAUACUUGCACAAGGUUCUCAAGGACAACUGUACAGUUAGCAUGUGAAGGCUGUGAGGCUAAAUGGAUGGGGCAGGCGCAUAAAGUUUUCUUUUCGAUCGACCUCAAAAAUGCUCUUGAUCAAAAUUACGAAAUAUUUUCUACCCUAUUUUCCAGUGAAGCCGCAAAAUUAGAUUUGAAUUUGCUCAAUGUUGUGGAAACAUUUGCGCAAGUACCAUUUUCAAAAGGGACACAUUCUCAACCUGAAUCUUCUUCAAAAAAACCCAUUAUAGAUGGUUUAAUUAAUCCGUUCAAUUGGAAAUCUUUAGCUUACACAAUACAUUCAAUAGAGAUGGUGUUGAGAGACACGUCGAAACCUUUACUAGGACAACUAUCUAGCCGUCAAAGGGACGGAAUUGAAAAUUUCAUUAAAGUAUGCGCAAUAUUGAGUUGUUCUCCGAAAAGCAGUGUGAAUAAGUGCUAUGCAUUGGAGUUCUUGGAUAUGCUGCUCGAUAGUAGAGAAGGACGGCCAUCAAUACUCGAUAUUGACUCAUUCGGGAUUCUGGUUGCCUUGACAUUUUCUCUUCCAAGUUUAACGUUAGAGAGUACUGAUACUCCUGUUGAAUAUUUAUCUGUACAUCUUCCAACUGGUGGAACUCUUGAAUCCCACACUCUGCGACUUGUAUAUACACUCCACAUAGUGAAACAGCUAUUAGCACUAAACCGAAAUGAAAACCCCGGCGAUAGUAUGGAAAUCGACGGAGAAGAAGAUACCACUCUAAUGAAUUUAAUGCAGGUGAUGAAUAAACAACAUUUUAAUAUUUCUACAGUUUGGAAUCGUCUCCAAGAAGCAACAUUACCUUUUCUUAGGUGUUGUGUACUAUUCUAUCAUUAUUUAACUGAAGUUCCUGCUGACCCCAUACUUUUAGAAGUUAGUGGGGACACCUUCAGUAACAUGUGUUCUUAUUUGAACCUACCAGAAAAUCCAAAAGAUAUAUUUAUCCCAGAAAUAAUGGAAACAGUGGAGAAAUGGUGUAAACAUCCGGUAGUACAAAAAUCUCAGGCAGAUACAUCGAUUAAUAUCGUCAAACAGCCCAUUCAAGUAUCUCGUUUGGUUGAUUUGCCUGUUGAUUAUAGUGAACUGAUCAAUAGUGUGUCUUCAUUUACUUGUCCCAAAAGCGACCAUGAAGAUGCACGCAAUCCUACCAUGUGUCUUGUUUGCGGAGAAAUUCUUUGCUCACAAAGUUAUUGUUGUCAAACUGACCUAAAUAAGAUCAUGGUUGGAGCUUGCAAUUAUCAUGCGCAUGUCUGUGGAGCUGACGUAGGCAUUUUUUUGAGGGUUCGAGACUGUGAAAUCCUACUUCUGGCUUCUCCUCACAGAGGCUGUUUCAUGGCUGCACCGUAUUUGGACAGUUAUGGUGAGACUGAUCAGGGAUUGAAGAGAGGUAAUCCCUUAAAAUUGUGUCCAGAACGUUAUAAGAAGCUGCAGCUGUUAUGGUUGAACCAUGGUAUACUUGAAGAAAUUGCACGGACAUUAGAAGGAAACAGCUCGCAUGUCGGCGCUACCCAAUGGCACCAUUUAUAGAUGAAUUGACAAUUACAUUUUGUGUUUGAAUUGACAUUUUCACAAUCAUAUUGUAGUGUAAGUUUUAAGACAAUUCUAGAAGCUCUAGUACAUCUUUAUUUAUUUCGAAAAUGAAAAUUACCGAAGCUUUCACAUCUCAAACUAGGAAACUGCUUUAAGAAUUUUAUUUCUAAAUCUUGGACUUCUUAGCCUCUUUGGACAUUUUCCUUCAGCUGCUGACAUAAUCUUUUGAGUGAUUUUCAAUCAUUAGUUACAUAGUUAAUCUUACACGUUUUAUUUUCACACAAAAAUGAAAAAAAACUUUUUAAGGCAACCUUCAUAUAAUUGAGAUUAGUUACAUCUGAGAAAUUGUUAAAACGAAUUCCAAUAUUGAAGCAAGAUAUAAGAAUUCGUUUUCUACAUGUUGUAUAAAGUACACCUUUAGCUUCUGGAGUGAGUAUUUUUUCUUAUUUGAGGAAUUUUUUCUGUUUGAAUAAUAUACAUAUACACUCUUCAUUGUACUUAACAACCAUUAAUAUUAAUUUAAUCCAUAAAAUUAUCAGUUGUAUAAAACUUCAAAAUCCCAGUUGUACAUUUUAUUAGCAAAUAUAGUUUAAAGACUUGUA